UCUGUCAAAAUCGCAGCAGUGGAAACGAGGUUCAGUCUCAACACUGAUCCAUGCAGCAGCAGCAGCAGCAGCAGCAGCAGUGAGGGCAAAGAUUCAUCCCGCACUUCUACAACAAACUGCUGUGUUUGUCGGUUCUGAACAUGGUUGUGUGAGUGUGUGAGAGUGUGUGUGUGUGUUUUUGCCUGUUUUCAGACUUCAGUGCCUGUUUUAGGAACAGAGAAGAAACAAAGAUGAUUGAGCUGGGCCUCGCUGACGGCAGCCUGAUCGACGAGCUGAUGGAGCUGACGGCUCAGAACAUCAGUCACCUGGAGAUCAAGGAGCACUUCAACGUCGUCAAGGAGAUUGGCAGAGGGAAAUAUGGCAAAGUGCUGCUGGUGACGCAUCGCUUCAGGGGGACCCCCAUGGCCUUGAAAGUGAUGCCCAAGGCCUCGACUAAGCUGCAGGGCUUUCUGCGGGAGUACUGCAUCUCCUUACACCUGUCCCAUCACCCCUGCAUCGUGGGCCUCUUUGGCAUUGCCUUCCAGUCUAAUGAGCACUACUGCUUUGCCCAGGAGCUCGUCAUUGGCAGGGACCUGUUCGCUGUCAUCCAGCCAAAGGUGGGUAUUCCAGAGUCUUCGGUCAAACGCUGUGUCCUCCAGAUCGCCAGUGCUUUGGAGUUCAUCCACAGCCAUGGCUUGGUCCACCGCGAUGUCAAGCCUGAAAACAUUCUCCUGCUGGACACUCACUGCAGCCAAGUCAAGCUAGCAGACUUUGGCCUGGCCCAGAAGCGAGGGACCCUAAUACGAUUCAUCACAGGAACCCUGCCCUACAUGGCCCCGGAACUGUGCUCCAUGGUUCUGCUGGAGGGCCAGACAGAAGUGACCACUGCACCCCUCAGUGUGGAGCCAAGCCUGGACACCUGGGCGUUCGGAGUGGUCAUCUUCUGCAUUCUUACGGGCUACUUCCCCUGGGAGUGCUGCAUGGACUCAGACGACUUCUACCAGGAGUUUGCUGACUGGUGCAGGAUGGAGGAGAGACCUGACACUGGGGAGGAUUUUCCUCCUCUGUGGCAAAGGUUCACUCCAGAGGCCAUGGAGAUGUUUGCUAAGCUCCUGGAUUUGGAUGCAGGAAGGAGGUGCACAGUGGGGGAAGUGAGAGCAUACACGGAGAAGGACUGGCUUAAGAAGCCUCAGGAUGAGCCGAAGAAGACAACGGAAAAAGAGAAAGUCGGCGUCUGCAGAAACAGCUCUGGUCAUAACAAGAUGGAGGAACAUGUAAACGCUUAGUGACUCAGACUCUUGUUUAAUCUUUGGCUUAAUGCACACAAAAAGAAUCUGCUAAUGGGGUAAGCUAAUUUAGCUAGGCUAGAAUACUUAAAACUAACUUGUAAAUCUAGCUACUCUCAGGCUAUAAUGUGCAUUAAAAUGGCAAAAACAGGCCAAAAACUAGACAAAACUAUUGCCCCAGAUUUGAGAAAGUUGUAUAUACCACAAACAAAGAAACUCAUAUAAUAAAUGUUGUGCUUCCUUUACUUGGUGAAACUGACUUAAGAAUGUAUACAUUAUAAUUUCUUAAUCUGUGAUGGUGAAUUUAUUUUA